AUGCUGAAGUCGCAGCUCCAUAACGGCAGCCAGCCGGCACCGGCGUUCCUCCGCCGGGAAGCUAACCACGGCCACCGCCCUCAUCUUCCCUUCCCUUCCGUGUCUCCUCCGUCGCUCCCCGCCAUGGGCCGGGGGAAGAAUAACAUGGUUGUUGUGGCUUCGGGCGACAAUAAGAAGCCGGGAGCUGGCUCCGGCGGGAAAGUGUCCAAAGCCACCCUCUUCGGCAACGCGUCGACGGCGAAGGAGCAAACCGUCGACGUGAAGGCGGUGGUGACGGUUAUGCAGCCGACGGCGCUGAUCUCCGACUUCGGACUCGGGGUCGAAGAUAUUUCGUCGUGGUUCGGGAAAACUUUCCAUCUCCACCUCGUCAGUGCCCAACUUGAUAAGAAGACUGGACUGGUACAACCCAUGAUCAAAGCACAUGCCAAGAAGACGAAGGAGGUAGAUGGUGAGAUCAAGUACGAGGCGAAGUUCAAUGUGCCUAGUGAUUUUGGGGAAGUUGGUGGGGUUGUGGUCGUGAAUGAGCAUCCCAAUGAGAUGUUUCUGAAGAACAUUGUCCUUAAUGGCUUCAUCAAUGGUCCUGUCCACGUUAUAUGCGAUUCUUGGGUUCAUCCUGACGCUCCAAAUGCUUAUAAGAGGAUUUUCUUCACCACCAAGUCGUACUUGCCGUCGGAGACCCCGAACGGAAUGACCAAGUACCGGGAAGAAGAGCUGAGACUCCUCCGUGGAAAUGGCCAGGGGGAGCGCAAGAAAGGCGAUCGCAUCUACGAUUACGAUGUCUACAACGACCUCGGCGACCCGGACAGCAAAACGAGUCUCGCCCGACCCGUCCUCGGCGGCAAAGAGAAUCCCUAUCCCCGCCGGUGCCGCUCUGGCCGCCCGCGCACUAAAUCCGAUCCCUUCUCGGAAUCAAGAGGCGGCGGAAAUUUCUACGUCCCACGGGACGACGAGUUCUCUGAGGUGAAGGAUAAGUGUUUCAAUAGCAACACACUGUCGUCAGUGCUUCGGGCGGCGCUACCGGCGGUUGAGACCAUCUUCAUCGACCCAGAUCUAGGGUUUCCUCACUUCGCCGCCAUCGAUUCGCUUUACGAUCAAGGGCUCAACCUGCCUCCUCGCCAAGCAGGUGCGCCGAUAACGGAUAUCCUGCCCAGGCUCGUGAGGACCAUCGCUGAGCAGGCCAACGACGUUUUGCAGUUUGUUCUCCCUGAAACUCUGGAGAGGGAUAGAUUCUUCUGGUUGAAGGACGAGCAGUUUGGCAGGCAGACUGUUGCUGGUGUUAAUCCUUGCUGCAUAGAACUAGUCAAGGAAUGGCCAUUGAAGAGUAAGCUUGACCCGAAGGUCUACGGUCCAGCAGAAUCUGCAAUCACCACUCAAAUUGUGGAAAGGCAAAUCAGAGGGUUCAUGACCCUUGACGAGGCUAUGAAGCAGAAGAGGUUGUUCGUGCUGGAUUACCAUGAUUUGUUCCUACCCUUUGUGGGACUUGUGAGGCAGCAAAAAGGGACUACACUGUACGGGUCACGAGCAUUGUUUUUUCAUACUCCAGAAGGCACGUUGAAGCCAGUCGCAAUCGAGCUCACUAGGCCGCCAUUAGAUGGCAAACCACAUUGGAAAAAAGUCUAUACCCCAGCAACUUGCUCUGCCACUGAUGAAUGGUUAUGGAAGCUGGCUAAAGCUCAUGUUGCCACACACGAUGUUGGCUAUCAUCAACUGAUUAGCCACUGGCUGAGAACCCAUUGCUGCACAGAACCAUACAUCAUAGCAACGAAUCGCCAGCUGAGUGCCAUGCACCCAAUUUACAGACUCUUGCUGCCUCACUUCCGUUACACCCUGGAGAUUAAUGCUCAAGCUCGCCAAGCUCUGAUCAAUGCAGAUGGCGUCAUCGAGUCUUGCUUCGCUCCUCUCAAGUAUGCCAUCCAGCUCAGCUCUGCCAUUUACGGGCAAAACUGGCGCUUCGACUAUGAGGCACUUCCAAAGGACCUAAUCAGGCGUGGAAUGGCAGUUGAAGACGCUUCAUCCCCACACGGUCUGAAACUAACGAUGGAGGACUACCCAUAUGCUAACGACGGCCUAAUUUUCUGGGACGCCCUGAAGCAAUGGAUCACAGACUACGUGAACCACUACUACCCCGAUCCAGCCCUUAUCACCUCCGAUACAGAGCUCCAAGCCUGGUGGACAGAGAUCCGCACCGUUGGCCAUGCUGACAAGAAAGACGAGCCCUGGUGGCCAUCUCUCAACACACCUUCCGACCUCGUCGAGAUCCUCACCACAAUAGCAUGGGUGGCUUCAGGCCACCACGCUGCUGUCAACUUCGGACAGUACGCGUUCGGAGGGUACACCCCUAACCGUCCGACCAUUGCAAGGAAGAACAUGCCAGACGAGGAUGGAAGCGACGAGGAAUGGAAGCAGUUCAUGGAGAGGCCCGAGACCGUCCUCCUCGAGACGUUCCCCUCGCAGUUCCAGGCAGCCAAGGUGAUGGCGGUGCUCGAUGUCCUGUCGGGGCAUGCUGUGGAUGAAGAGUAUGUUGGUCAGGUGAUGGAGCCCUCGUGGGGCGACGAGCCUUUGAUCAAGGCCGCGUUCGAGAAGUUUAGCGGCAGGAUGAUGGAGUUGGAAGGGGAGAUUGAUGUGAGGAAUGCGAAUCCGGAGCUGAAGAACAGGAAUGGAGCUGGGGUUUGCCCGUAUGAGCUUCUGAAGCCGUUGUCUGAGCCUGGUGUUACUGGUAAAGGUGUGCCCUACAGUAUCUCCAUUUGA